AUGUCUCGAUGGUGGGUUCCUCAAUCGAGUGGUUUGGUCCGGCGUAUUGACUAUUCCAGGCUUUUAAAUUACACCCCGCCAGCUGUUGUUAUUCGACUGCUCACUACAAACGUCCUGAUUGCAUAUAGUACAUCUUGGGUGCUUUACUUGUCUGGCGCAUCUGUUGAUCCCCGACACCUCUUACCAGCCUGGAUCUCAAUAACAACUUUGUUAACAUUCGUCUACUACGCUACUCAAAACCAUGCCAAGAUCAAGCGCGAAACAGCGGCAUCUCUACUAGUUGUCCUUGUCGCGAGCUUCCUUACCAUGUCGUUCCUUCUACUCCAGCUGCACUUGACCCGAGAAAACGAAUCAGAGGUGCCUGUGUUUGUGUUUUCUCGAAAACUUUGGGACUGGGCUACUGCUAUUUUCCUGCGUAUGCGCAUUGCAGAUGAGCGUGCUGGACUUGGAGAACUGUAG